GUAAUAUUUUGGUUUUGUUCAGCUGGUCAGCGCAGGGCGAGCUGAGGCUCAGGCUGAGCUGUUGGCUAUCUGUGCUUCCCGCUCCUGAAGGGUCCUUUUAGGUUGUCAAAUAUGGCUGCAGUCGUCGCCAGGCGCAAGCAUUUUACUCACGACUAUCGUAGUAAACACUCAAAAUACGUAGUCCAGGAAUACUCCAGCUCUAAAGCUGAAGAUGUGAGCUAUGAAUACAGAACAGAGAGAAAUGUCCAGAAAGUGGUGGAGAAGAAGCUUCCGGAAAAGUACAUUUGGGAGACGCCCAUGAUCAGAGGCCCCAAGUUCUUGGUUAGGCUCAGGUCACACAUUGUGUUUGAGAACUCUGCCGUGAAGCUGUUCUGCACUGUGAAGGGUUACCCCACUCCACAUGUCAAUUGGUUCAAGGAUGAUGCCCUUCUGGACGUUUCGUCUGGAAAGUACUUCGUGGAGAGCAGCGCUGGAAUUCACAGCCUGACCAUCAUAAAGUGUGCGAUUGAUGACACUGCCAUGUACACAGCUGUAGCCACCAACUCCCAUGGCCAGGCUUCCUCUCAGGCCUCUGUGAUUGUCAAGAGGCCCAAAGAGGAGGAGAGACCCUCUCCUUAUUCUUGGAUGUCUUACCAAUAUGCAAUUUUACCUGAGAUUAAAUACACAAGGAUUAACAUCACCUUUUUGGAGACGUUUGAUGUGACGUUCGGUAAAGAGGGAGAUCAAGUCACUCUGGCCUGUAAGAUGACCAUAAGCCCCAAUCUUGCCAAUCUGCAGCCUGAUGCCCUGUGGUACAGAGAUGAGCACCUUUUGAAAGAAUCGAAGUGGGUGAAAAUGGAGUCUGGUGGAGGUGUUGCUAAGCUCACACUGACUCAUCUCGCCAAGGAUGAUGAGGGUCUUUAUACCCUCCGCAUGGUGACCAAGGGAGGAGAUGCAGUCCACAGGGCUUAUGUCUUUGUGGAAGAUGGUCCUCCACCAGUUCCUUUGGCCCCUGGAGCCCCUAUGGACAUUAAGAUCCAUGAUGCUAACAGAGAUUACGUUAUCGUGUCCUGGAAGCCCCCCAACACCACCACUGAGGGUCCCAUCAUUGGAUACUUUGUUGAUCGAUGCGAGGUUGGAACAGAGAACUGGGUGCAGUGUAACGAUUCUCCCAUCAAAAUCUGUAAGUACCCCGUGUCUGGACUGUUCGAGGGACACUCCUAUUACUUCCGUGUGCGUGCUGUCAACUCACAUGGCAUCAGCAGGCCCUCCAGGAUGUCCGAACCUAUUGCCGCACUGGACCCAACUGAGUUUGAAAGACUUUAUGCCACAAGACUUGGCGGAAGACUUGAUGUUGUGUCCUAUCACGAUGACCUUGAAGCUGAGGGAAACGCUCCGGGAGCUCCCUCCAAUGUCUACGCCUCAGAGACUGACCGAACAUAUGUUGUGCUCAGUUGGAGCCCCCCAGUCUACCAUGGCAAAGCCCCCAUGUGGUAUUAUAUCGAAAAGUCUCUGGUUGGCAGCGGAUCCUGGCAGAGAGUGAACACGCAAGUGCCGGUCCGUUCUCCACGCUAUGGAGUCUUCGACCUGGCUGAGGGGAAGGAGUACCUGUUCCGCGUUCUCUCUGCCAACAUGUAUGGCAUCAGCGAACCCUCUGAGCCCACCAAACCAAUCAAAACUCAGGAACUGCGUGGCGUGCCGUCAGCUCCCGGUCAGGUGGUGGCCACGAGAGAAACUGACACUUCUGUCUUGAUCCAGUGGGCUCCUCCGAAGGAUCCCAACAACCUUAUUGGGUAUUACAUCGACUCAUGUGUUAAAGGAUCAAAGAACUGGACCUCUGCUAACCACAAGCCUCACAACAAGACAAAGUUUGUCGUCCAUGGCCUGACCACAGGUGAGGCGUAUGUAUUCCGUGUACAGGCCAUCAAUGAGCUGGGCCUCAGUGAUGAGUCGCAGGAGUCUGCACCUCUCUCCGUCAGAGCUGCUCUCAAGCUCCCUUCCGCUCCCUAUGACAUCGCUCUUCUCCACUGCGACGGGGAAUCCAUGGUGCUCAACUGGAAGCGUCCCGCCCACUCUGGAGGCGCAGAGGUCACUGACUAUUACAUUGACAAGUGCAACGUGGCCAAGAAAGCAUGGAAGGAGGUCAAUGUGCCACCCAUUAAGGAGAGGCUGUACAAGGUUCCUAAUCUGACCCCCGGCUCAGUGUAUCAGUUCAGGGUUUAUGGUGCCAAUUUGGUGGGACUGGGUCAAGCCUCUGUUGUUAGCCCACCAUUCAAAUGUGAGGCCUGGACCAUGCCUGAGCCUGGCCCACCAUAUGACCUGAGCUUCACUGAGAUCAGAGAUGACUCGGCGGUGGUGGAGUGGAAGGCUCCUGUCUACACAGGUGCCAGCGGCAUCACGGGUUACCAUGUGGACAUGUGCAAGAAGGGCACCGAAACCUGGACAGCUGCCAGCACAGCUGCUGUCAACCACUGCUACCUCAAGGUGAAGGGCCUGGAGACAGGCUCGUCCUAUGUGUUCCGUGUACGAGCCGAGAACGCCCAGGGCAUUGGCAAGCCUUCAGCUCCCUCCGACCCAGUGUGUGCCAAGGCUCUGCCAGGCGCCCAGGAAAUCGUAUGUGGAGUGGAUGAGCAGACCGGCGACAUUUAUCUCUCUUUUGAGAGCUGCCAGAUGACAGAGUUCUCGCAGUUCGUGUGGAAGAAGUCCUACCAAGAAAUCACUGACUUCUCCAAAGGAAUCUCCAUUAAAACAUCAGGCAACCGCUCAACUCUGUUGUUCAAGAACCCAGAUAAAGAAGAUGUAGGAACUUUCUCAGUCUCUGUCACAAACACUGAUGGAGCUUCAGCCAGUUACAAGAUCAGAGCAGAAGAGCUUGAGAAAAUGCUGGCACUGAGCUACGACAUCCGCAACCCGAUUAUCCCUCUGAAGACCGAGCUGGCAUACAAGAUUCUGGAGAGAGGUCGCGUGCGCUUCUGGCUUCAAACCGAGGGCAUCUCCUCUGCCGUGACCUACAAAUUCUUUGCCAAUAACAAGGAACUCGUCAACUGUGAGCAAACUAAGAUGAGUCACGACGUAGCUACAGGCGUUAUCGAGAUGGUGUUGGAUCACUUCACUGAGGAGAGCGAGGGGACAUACGCUGUGCAGAUACAGGAUGGAAGAGCGAAGGCCCAGUCCUCCCUGGUGCUGAUCGGAAAUGCCUUCAAGGCAGCCCUAGCAGAAGCUGAAUACCAGAGGAGAGAGUACAUCCGUGUGAAAGAGGGACCUCAUUUUAGCCAGUUCCUGUCGGUCCACAUUGGGGAGGAUGCCAGCGUCAGCCUCAUCUGCAAGGUGGCUAAUUUGAAGAAGGAGUCGGUGUUCCACUGGUUUAAGGAUGAUGUAGAAGUGAUUCCCGAGGUGCCCGCCGACCUCAGCUCCGGAGUCUGCAAACUCCCGCUGUCUCUGUUCUCCAAGAAGAGUGUGGGCGUGUACAAAGCAACUAUCAGCGAUGACAGAGGACAAGACGUGUCUCAGGUUGAUAUUUCUGGCAAAGUCUUUGACAACAUCAUUAACGACCUCUCGCGUGUUGCUGGGCCCAGUGCUGCAGAUUUGGUGAUUCACUGCACCUCUGAGGGUAUUAUGAUCCAGUGCCAUAUGAAAUACUAUACAGACGAGAUGAAGAUCACCUGGACGCACAGGGAUACUAAAGUCACAGCUUCUGAAAGAAUGCGUGUUGGUGGAACUCCAGCCAUGGCCAGCCUGGAGAUAGUGGAACCCACUGAAAAGGAUAAGGGCGUGUACACCUUUGAAUUGACGGACAAUGAAAAGUCGUACACUCGCACCCUCGAACUCUCUGGACAAGUCUAUGAGAAUGCCUAUGCAGAGUUCCAGAGACUCAAAGCGGAAGCAUAUGCUGAAAAGAAUCGCGGCAAAGUGGUCGGUGGCCUGCCGGAUGUUGUGACCAUCAUGGAAAAGAAGACCCUGAGCCUGACCUGCACAGUGUGCGGUGACCCCAAGCCACAGGUGACCUGGUACAAGAGCGACCAGGAGGUGGAGCCCGGCGACCAGUACGUGAUCUCGCUGGACUCGGGCAAGUUUGCUAGCCUCACCAUCAAGGGCGUGACCCUGGAGGACUCUGGCAAGUUCACCAUGUCCGUGCUGAACAAGUACGGCGGUGAGUCCGUGGACAUCGUGGUCAGCGUCUACAAGCACGGAGACAAGAUCCCAGACAUCAACCCUUCACCCUCACCCAAGAGGAUCAUGCCUCCAACCCAACCCAUCGUAAUCCCCACUGCCGCCAAGCCCUCUAGCCCCACCCCCACCACUGCCAAGUCUCCAGCCCCACCCCAGGCCCCCAAAUCCCCCGCUCCAGGCCGAGGCGUGAAGUCCCCAACUCCAUCCAGGAGGAAGUAAAUGAGCCUUUUGUGAGCCGUCCUUUUCCAGCACAACAGCAACAGGAUUAACCCCUUAAACUCUAGGCUUGUUAUUCACCUAAUCUUGAAGGGCCCAUAUCACCGAAAACUGACUUUCCCUUGAUUUACUGGAAGUUUGAUAUAGUGUGUUAACACUGUUCGAUCCACAUAUGGAAACUAAACUACAAAAACAGCCCAUUUUGAAUUCACUAUUUCUAUGAUGUCACCCAAACCAAAACAUUUACAUGUAUCGACCUAGCACUGAGCAGUGUAGCUCCACCAAUCUGUAAUACAAGUUAUAAGUAAUGUAAUGUGAAUGUGUAUGAGUGUGAAUGAGACACCACACAGGACAGCCAGAGCACAUUUUCAAGUCAUUCUUAUAGGCAGUGUUACAAGAACAGCCUGUUUAAUUGCAAGGGAUAAAGAGAUUGAUGUUGUGUAAAAAUUAAAUAAAAGUUUUUGGUGCAUAAAACCACAAAUGUUAAUGGAGCUCACAACAAAUGUAAGAUAUGGGCCCUUUCAGUAUCUGCUAUAUAAAGCAUGUAGUUACAAGGGUGAGGAACUGAAGACUGGACCCACCAACUGGUCUUUACAGUUUAAGGGAUUAAUCUGUUACGCGUGCCAUGGAAUAAUGAAAGUUACUAAAACAUAGAUGUAAUUUUUCAACGAGGACAUUGUCCGAGUCUUCUGCAGUGAUCCAGAGCCUUGCGUGAAGGAAAAUAAAGAAGGUAGAAAGUGGAAAA